AUGUUAGCAAAAAAAUCAGCAGCAGUGCAACCGCAAAAUAAAACUGAUCCCAUAUAUUAUAUAAUUUUUGAUGAUUAUUUAAAACCGAAAAAAACUCAAGAAUUCUCACAAUUUAAUGGAGUGCAUUCACAGGACGUCGACUUAAAGUCAAGUAUACGUGAACGAUGGCGUCUUCUGAAGGAGAAACAAACAAUGAAACGAGUAUUAAAAGUGAAGCCAGUGAAUAGUGUAAAAGCAAACAAUUGUAGGCCAAAGACUGAUUUCGAAAUCUACUGUGAGGUGACAAGUUUACACGGUUUUAGCAACUUCUUGGGCGCCUCAACAUGGCAACGCAUUUUUUGGUAUUUCAUUUUGUGCGUUAUGAUUGUGAUGUCUAUAACGCUUUUGAUGCAGUCAGUAAAUUUGAAUGCCGAUGAUCCAACUAUUUUAUAUGUGGAAACUACAACAGCCACUGUUUGGGGUUCAUCCUUCCCAGCUGUUGCGCUAUGUAAUUUUAAUCGCAUUUCGGAGAAGAAUCUUAAUGAACUGCUAAAUAAAGACUUUAGCCCUGAAGCAGCUGAGCAAUUACGUCCGCAUGUUCGAUCCUUUCUAUACAGCACAUUGCCCGUAGAUGCCAAGUCUACUGACCAUCGUUUAAUGCAAACGAUUUUGAACAACGAAAACUAUACAGUCUACGAAUUUUUAAGAAAAAUUUCUCCAGAUUGUGAGAGUCAACUACUGAGGUGCAAAUUACAUGGUCAGAUCCGUCGGUGUAAUCGUCUUUUUCAACGCGUACCUACUCAGCAUGGCUUUUGCUGUUUAUUCAAUUAUGAGGCGGUCAUCAACAAAUAUAAAUCAAAGGAAAAUUUGAAAAAACACACGAAUAUGUAUGGCCAAAAAUGGGGUCUAACAGUGCUGAUCGAUCCGCAGGCAGACGACUACUACGCCUCAGAACAUAAAUUGGCUGGCUAUGAGAUAUUUGCUCUAGCGCCUUUCGAAUAUGUUGCGCUGAAUUCGCAACAUCAGAAGGCAUUCGUUCGCGAUAAUAUCCAUAUCCAUCUCACACCAUUGGUCACUUAUGCCACAAAAUAUGUCGGAGGGUACGCUUUGAAGCAGCGUCGUUGCUAUAUGCCUGAUGAAUAUAAAUUGAUCACAUUUUCGAAAUACACACAAACAAAUUGCUUUGCCGAGUGUCGCAGCAAAAAAAUGUUGCAGCUUUGUGGAUGUGUGCCACCAUUAUGGCCACGUGCGGCCAAUUGGGCCAUUUGCACAUUGACGAACGCGAGCUGUGUCGUCGCUAAUGCUGAUAAAUUCACGGAAAUGUUAUUAAAUAGCAGUAUGGACUAUAAAACCAAUCCCAAUGCCGAAGAAUACAUUUGCGACUGUUAUCCGAGGUGUAGCUUCACGAGAUACAAAACACAAUUCGAUACAAUUACUUUGGAUAGGAAUUAUUCUAUGAAUGAACUGGAGUUCUACCGCGGUAUUGAAUUGAAAGAUCAUAUAGUGGUACAUCUCUUCUACGCGAAUAUGUCUGGUGACCGCUUUCGACUGGAUGUCUACAAUAGUUGGCUUACGUAUUUCGGCAUUUUUGGUGGAAUAACCAGUUUGUACAUGGGUUAUAGCUUCAUUUCCGGGUUUGAAAUAAUUUUCUUUAUUUUCGUGCGGCCAAUGUGCAAUUGGCUCACGCGAAGGACAAAUCAACAUCAAACCGAACAGAAAAGGAAUAACAUUGGGCGGAGAAAUAACAAAAUAUAA